AACUUUAACUAUUAAAAAUAACGCAAGAAUUAAGUGUAAAUUUAAAUCAGGAAUCAUUCUGUAAAAAAAUGUUGUAGGGUAAAUUAUUUUUUACCUAAAUAAAUCCUUCUUGACACCCGGAACCAACAACACAGGUUCAAUUUGGGGGAACUUGAAUUCGGGUGCACUGGGUGAGAAGUGAAGGGGAGUAGAAUGUCUGCUGGUGUGUGUAUAAACAUGGCAGUAGGCGUCAGAAUAAAACGUGCUCUUUUGAACAGUAGGGGUUUAUUUUGUAGUAAAAUAUUUCCACAUAUUGAACGCACCCAGAAACGGAUGGAGGUCAUGGGCCUGAGAGCAGCAGCACAUGCAGCACCGAAGCAUGAUGAGAAAUACUGUAUUGAUCUUGUAAGGUUACGAGACUAUGAAGGGUUUGUGAGUUCGUUGCUGCUUCCUGAGGCCUCUCGUCGCUCCUCCUUGGCCGUGAGGGCUUUUAAUGUGGAACUGGCACAGGCAGGUGAAGGACUCGGUAUCUCAGAAGACUAUUGGUUUAAUGCGAAUGCAGUUUUGGAGGACAGCAGUGGAGGACAUUUACAGAGACGACCCCCCAGUGCAGCCUGUUAGUGCAGAGUUGUGGAUGGCAGUGAGGAAACACAAACUGACGAGAAGAUGGCUUUUGAGAAUCAUAGCUGAAAGAGAAAAGGACAUGGAGGACCGAGCAUACAGGAAUCUUCAGGAUUUGGAGGAAUAUGCAGAGAACACCCAGUCGUCACUGCUCUACCUCUUGCUGGAGACUUUAGGAGUGAAAGACGUCCAUGCAGAUCAUGCUGCCAGCCACAUUGGUAAAGCACAAGGCAUUGUGACGUGUCUGCGAGCCACACCGUACCACAGCCAGAGACGCAAAGUAUAUCUCCCCAUGGACAUCUGCAUGCUGCAUGGUGCUUCUCAAGAGGACUUCAUUCGUGGCAGCAGGGAGCAGAAUGUCAAGGAUGUUGUGUACGACAUUGCCAGUCAAGCACAUGUUCAUCUUCAACAUGCAAGAUCAUUUUGCAAAAGGGUUCCAGAUUCUGCCAUGUGUGCUUUCCUGCAAACAGUUGCUAUUGAUGACUACCUGGAGAGAGUGAGGAAAGUAGACUUCGAUGUUUUCCAUCCUAGUCUCCAGAGGAGGAAUCCGCUUCUUCCCAUUCAACUUUAUUUCCGAUCGUUUAAGAAAAAAUAUUGAUUGUUUCGUCAGAAGUGGCUUCUCUAAUUUAUACGGUUAUAUUAUUCUCAUUCCCACCACAAAUCCAAUCACUGACUCCCUGUGUCCGGUGUGGGAAACGAUCGUGUUUCUUUUCUGAUUGUACGCUGUAUUUUCAUCAAAGCAUUGGAAAGAAAUUCAUUACAAAUCUAAAUCAGUAUCAGUAAUGACGAACAGGAUGACAUGAUAACUGUGUCUGCCUUGUCUGUGAAAAUUUGGUGUAUUUUUAUAUUCAACCCAAUUUCUUUUUGCAAAUUAUGCAGUUACAUGGUUUGUAUGCAAGUAAAAUAAGUUUUGAAAUUUUGAGGGAUCUGGGUUUUUCUUUAGUUUUUAUGUAUAAUAUCUGAAAUAAAUGUUUUAAGAACGA